ACACCUUCGGAAGCGCGGCGUUGCAGGUUUCCGGUUGGGACCGGAAGUAGUAGUUACUAAGGCAACCCAAGCCGCCAGUCGGAGUGAGCAAAGCUAGGUCUCACAAGCUCGGCGGUGGUGGCCUCCUCCCGCCUCGUCUCCACGUGGAGGCACACAGUGGGUCAGUCCUCCCUGCCUCCCGCGUUCCGGUGUGCUCAGAUUUGAGUUCCCAGAAGCUCUUGGUGCCACCUGUUGUGAUGUCAUCAUUCAAAGGAAAUCAGACUCGGAAGCCAAGGCCAUCUGUGCUUGCCAAGGGACCACUGGAGAUUCCCUCUCCAACAGAGGCAGACUGGCCUAAGGAUGAAGAGAAGGAUUUUGCCUUCUGGGACAGGAAUCAAGAGCUAGACUCCCUGCCUCAGCCUUACCGAAUGAUCAACAAGCUGGUGAACCACCUCUUUGACCGCUCAUGGGAAGUUAUUGAGGAGAGAGAAGCUUUACGGGAAAUUGAGAAAAACCGCAUCCUGCCCACCAUCUACCUUCCAGUUUCGGAAAUCCAGCUCAACAAAAUGCCUGGUGGUAUGGCUGUUUCACAAGACUACCUGUUUAUUGGAGGAGCCAAAGGAUUCUCAAUCUAUAAUCUGCAAAAUUUCAAAAAAAUAUAUGUUUGGGAGAAGUUUAAAGUUGAUGUUAUUUCCAUCUGGGCCAUGGAUUUGGGGAAUGAAGUACUUAUCAUUCCCGUGGAUGAACUAGGUAUUGUUAGAUUGUUUUACUUGAAUAAAGACAGUCUUUUUCUCAUCAAAGCCAUCAAUGAAAUGGAUGAUACCAGCAAGCAAAGUACCUGUGUGAAGAUGGAACUCUCUCAGAGUGGAGACUACGCAGCAUUCCUCUUCCAAGGAGCUGGGGAUGUUUGGCUGGAAGUGUAUAAAUUGCCCAGGGAGACUUGGCUGAAGGAAGUGGAGCACCCACAGUUUGGUCUCAAUCAAAAGAAAAAAACCAAACAGCUGCAACUGAGCACUCCUGACUCUGCUCUUAUAGAAAGUGGAGAAACGAGCUUGCGACCAAGUCUAAGCCCUUAUGCAAUCCAGGACUUAAGCAUUUGUUUUAAAACUGACAUUAAGUUGAGUUCUCCAGUUUAUAUAAUGAAGAUUAAACCCCCUAAGCCCAUAGCAGGUACCACAUUUAAAAGCCCCCUGGAGAUUUUUUCAAAGGUAGAAGACUACUGUGGGCUAGGCUCCGGGCAGAAUCACUUCAUCAAGGAUGCGCAAUGGGAUCAGCACAUGGAUCUCUUCUAUGCCUCCUACAAGAAGUACCUGGAAGGGGAGUGGGAAGAGGAACCACUCAGUACGGCCACAUUCCACUUCUUUGCUAACCCCUCCAUAUUUCCAACACCAGUGGAUAUCAAGAGCUCUUCAGGAGCUGCCUAUAUCCUUGGCAUACACUGGACUGGAAGUCAUAAUUUAUUCCUCUAUUCCCUGAACAAAACUCUGAAGGAUAAAACUGACUGUGAAAAUGUAUGGCCCUGUGCUGCGCCCAUUACAGUGUCUCAGAUCAGCAGCUCCUCCUACCUUGUCCUCGCCUGUGAGGAUGGUGUGCUCAUUCUGUGGAACCUGGCCCAAGGAUUCCUCUUUGGGGUCAUUGCUCUGCCUGAGGGCUGCUUCUGCCAAAGCAUUCACUUCCUAAGAUUCUUCAUGGUGCAUGAAGGACGGAACAUGUAUCCUGAAUUCUGGGUGAAGUCUGAAAUGAUGUGUGUGGUGCUGUGUACCAAUGCUUCCCUCCACCUGGUGACAGCCAGUGGGACGAAAGGACCCACCAGCAAGGUGCUUGUUGAGAGGCCCACGAAGCACCUGGAAGAAGCCAUCUGUGCAGUGGCCCCAGUCCCAGCCUUGCCUGGCAUGGUGCUAAUCUUUUUCAGGAACCACUCAAUGAGCCUCAUGGAUGUGGCCAAGGCUGAAAUAACCUGUGCCUUUUCGGCCCCCGCAUACCACCCACAGGAGAUGCCCUGGAAGCCACUGUUCGUUGUGUCUCCACACCAUCCAUGCUUUCUGCUUCAUGUAAUGCGUCCAGAUGGUAACACCACACCUACCGACGAUGCCAAGGACACCCCAGAUUCUGUGUUCUGUUUUAAUUUUGAGGAAUAUCCCCUCCUGAAAGAUAUCUCCAAAAAUUGCACCAUUUCUCAAAAGGACUUGGAAUGUAACCAGGCCUUCUCCCAGGUGUUACCACUGGAGAAAAGAUGCGAGCAGUUCCUACAGAAGAGUUUCCAAAAGCUGGCAAAGUCCCAGAUGAAAGGGCGUGAGCAGUGGACACGGCUGCGGAAGUACUCCAUUAUUCUCCAGAAAGAAAACUGGAAGAAGUGAUCACCCUGGGACUCUGAAGGAGUGUCCGCCUCAACAGCCACUCCCCAGGACACUGGAAGGCAGAAAGACAGCAACAGAGCCACACUCAACGCUUGGCACGUCCACGGAGCCAGUGGGGACCCUCAAGUACUAAAUGCCCAUGGAGGUUAGAUAUGUCAC